CCGGGCUCCCCGGGAGCCGCCGCAGGGUCCGCGCCGGCGGUCCCCCCCCAGCGCCCGCGGGGCUCCAUGAUUCUCCCCCGGGCGCUUUCCUGUGCUGUUCUGCUCCUGCUGCUCAUCGCCGUGCUGAGCAGAGGCAAGAGGUGCAGCAUCGCCAAAAUCCUCCGGCAGUACCGCGCUGUCAUCUUCCAUGAGAUCCAGAACCUGAAAAACCUGAGUGGGUCGGUGGACAGGAGUGAAAGGGCUGGGCUGGCUUGUCGUUCGGACAAGGACCAGAAGAUCCUGCUGUCCAUCUACAACAUCAGCAUGUCCCUGCGGGAGGUGGCAGCCGGCACCCUGCACAGCCCUGAGGAGCUGGCGGUGUGGAAGGUGGUCAGAAACACUGACUUCGUGCUCAGGGAGAACUGCAGGAAAAUCAGCAAGAACCUGCCGCGCAUCCCAGCACAGCCCCAGCGUGGGGGACCCGGCCGCAGGAGGAAGCAGCUGCGGGAGAUCAGGAGGAAGGUGGAGAGGCUGGCGACCUGCUGGGAGAAGCUCUACGCCCUGCACACACCCCGCCACACCCCCCGGGACUCAUAGGGACGCCAUUGCCACGUGCCGGAGGGAUGCGCUGCUCCAACACCAUGGCUGCCAGCAUCUCGUUUGGAAAUUUGGGGAAAAUUCAACCCUGAAGGUGGCAGAGUUGCUACUGGCAGGUGCUCGAGUUGAAUUUGUCCUCCUGGUUCAAGUGGUACCUGGGGACCAGCCCCAUUGCACGUGGGGGGGGCUAGCAGGUUGGUUUGCCAUAGGACGGCUGUGGCAGGAAGCUGGAACACCAGAAACUUGCAGAAAAAGGGGAAGUGCUGAAAAAAGGAGGCAAGGCAUUGGAUUUCUGCGAUGCUCCUGGCCCUGCAUCACCUGCUGCUUUCCUGGGGACAAUGGUUGCUUUUCAGGGCAGAAAGAGGACGUGUGGGGUCGUGGCUCAGAGGGCUCUGCUGGAAGCGGGACUGCUGCGCAUCCACAAGGCUCUGAGGGUGGCCGGGCUGUGGAGUGGGACACGUGUCCCUGUUGCACUGCUGGGACAGGUGGAGCAGCCGGGCACCUGCGGCGGAUGGGAAAACCCGGGUGCAUCACUGGGUGCCCGGGGAAGCCAGGGAACGCUGGUGCCUGUGGAUAAACAGCAAAACCGCAGGCAGCUGCGGGGCUUUGAGGCCAAGGCUCAGCCUCCGGGACGGGCAGCACUGCAGAGGGACCCGGCUGCUCGGCGUUGUGGGUGCCCCAGCACCCCCUGGUGAGCCAAGGCCAGAGGGACAUGGGGUUCGGUGAGAUGAGGAGCAUCCUUUCUCCUCACUGCGCUCUGCCAGUGCCAUGGCCAGGGUCCCUGCUCUCCUGUUGGGUGGCAAACAGUCUCUGGGAAGCCAGAAA